AUGCCUGUGGAAAAUCAUAGCAGUGUGACGGAGUUUGUCCUUACCGGAUUCCCUGGACUUCAUCAAGAGUACUAUGGUCUUGUCUCAGCUGUAUUGUUUUUUGUAUAUUUGAUAACUCUGAUAGCAAAUGCUACGGUUAUUUUUUUAUUUGCAACCAACCACAGCCUCCAUAAGCCAAUGUAUUUUAUCAUUUUAAAUCUGAGUGUAUGUGAUAUUCUCUUUAGCACAACCACUUUACCUAAGAUCAUAAGCAGAUAUUGGUUUCAGUCAGGAAGCAUUUCAUUUACUGCCUGUUUUAUCCAAAUGUACUUUGUCCAUUAUUUUGGCACAGCUGUUGCAUACAUUCUCUUUCAGAUGGCUUUAGAUAGGUACUUGGCUAUCUGCCAUCCUCUCAAAUAUUCACGUAUUCUCACAAAAUCGAAUAUUUUAAUUCUUAGUAUUACUGGAUGGACUGUUGCCAAGGCAUCCCCUUUAAUGAUGGUCAUUAGAGCAUAUCCUCUUCCUUACUGUGCCUCAAACAUAAUCACUCACUGCUUCUGUGACCAUAUUGGUAUAACAGUCCUUGCAUGCACUGACAGGACCCCUUAUGCCAUCCCUGCUUUAGUAUUUGCAAUGGUUACACUACUGGGGCCUCUGGCAUUUAUCAUUUUCUCAUACUGCUCUAUUCUUAUAGCAGUACAUAAAAUAGCAAGUGUGCAAGGUCGCCUGAAAUCAUUGUCCACUUGUAGUACUCAGCUGAUAAUAAUAUCCCUCUACUUUUUACCCAGAUGUUUUGUAUAUUUAGCCCAAAAUGUUGGCAUUACAUUUAGUGCUGAUGUGCGAAUAGUGAUCAUCAUGCUGUACAGCCUUGCCCCACCAAUGAUCAAUCCACUCAUAUACUGCUUAAGAGCAAAAGACAUGAGAGAAAGCUUGUUGAAGGUAUUUUGCAGAAGAACCAUUCCACAAAAAGCACAGGUUGCAGUUAUUAAUAUCAUAAAUCACAAAUAA